AACUAAGUUUUUAUUAGUAGCAAUUAACCAAAAAAAACAGUCUUUUUGAAUACUUUUGUGCUGUACUUUUUAGUCAUGGUGUUCUGUGUUGGCGUGUUAGAAAACCGUCUUUGAAUAUAUGUGUCAUGAACAAUUACAAUUAUGAGAGUGGUAAUUUUCAAGAUAAAGAAUUUGUUCAUGUAAAAGCAGAAACCAUAUGUUCUUUGACUAUAUACAACUGCUCGUGUAAAACAUUCUCAUCGUGCUUUUUUUUUCAAUCAAAAUAUACAACAAAUGUUAAUAAUUGUUGUCAUUGUCGGCUGCUAAACCAGUUAAUGCAAAUGCUUAAUGAUCCUGAAUUCAUCCCAGAAAAUAGUUUAUUGAGCAAAAAAAAACUUAUAAAUAGUUUAAUCUAUCUCACAUCAAAUGUUUUAAAGUUAACUUUCAAAUCUGGAGUUGAAAGAUAUUCUGUAGUUGCUGAUUCCUGUGCUUUUGUUACGAUUUUUGAAAUUUUAAAAUCAUCACGCAAAGUAAUUAAAUGUCAUGAUUCAGAGUGUCAAGUAUCUGAAGGAUCUAUUCGUCAGAUUAAUAAUCUACAAAAUGGUUGCUUAUGUCCGCACCUAAAAGUCUUUAGAGAAUAUUUUUAUCUUCUUCAAAACACAGGAGAAUCAAUUUCUAAUGAAAAAGAUGAAGUGAUUUCUAAUGACUCUGAGUUAGAAGAUAAUAUUCAUUUACCAAGGGAAAAGUGGGAAGAUGUUUUCAAUGUUGCAUCUGGUUUAUGGAGAAUUAAUGCACCAAGUAAAAAGACUUUUUCCCAUGACCAAUUUAAUAAAAAGUUUAGCAGUGACAUUGUAAAUAGGCAGUCUGCUACCAAUGGACAUCGGUUUAUACCUUCUAUUGAUCUAGGCAUCUGUAACUGUGGUGUCAACCAGCUACUGGUAACAUGCAAUCUAGUACAACCUGCUUUGCAAGGAUGGCCUUCUGGUUAUAAAAAAUUGCCAUAA